GUAAAAAAGGAUUAUGGUGUUGUUGAUAAAGGCACACCACCCAUCUUCAUCUUCAUCAUCAUCAAACUCUUCUUCCUCCUCUGCAACAUCUUCUCUCUCUCUCUCCUGUUUACAUGCAUGCUGAUGCAAUAAUGGCUCUAAAGACACCUAGGGUUCAUCUAUUCUUUCUUUUCAUCAUCUCCUUCUUCUUCAUCAACCCAACUAACUCCACUCCAAAUGAACUUCAUCUUCUCUUAUCCAUCAAAAACUCUCUCCAUCUCUCCAAUUGGAACCAAUCUCUCCCUUACUGUCAAUGGAAAGGCGUUUCUUGUUCCAACACUACUACAACUCAUGUCACCGCCAUUCAUCUCUCCGGCCAAAACCUCUCCGGCAAUAUCCCACAAACUAUUUUCCAUUUCCCACAUAUUCAAACCAUUGAUCUCUCAACCAACAAACUCUCCGGCGACAUCCCAACCGACAUUCUCUCUUCAUGUCUUUCUCUCCGACAGCUCAAUCUCAGCGACAACAACUUCACCGGUCAACUUCCCAUGAACCCAAAUCCUUAUCUUCAAAUAUUGGAUCUUUCCAAUAAUAUGUUUUCAGGGAACAUACCGGAAAAUAUCGGAUCUUUUUCUGAGCUCAAGUAUCUUGAUCUUGGCGGAAAUGCAUUGGUGGGAGGAAUUCCGAUUUCAUUAUCGAAUAUUUCAAGCUUGGAGGUGUUAACAUUAGCGUCAAAUCAAUUGGGUGGAGAAAUUCCAAGGCAAAUCGGAAUCAUGAAGAGCUUAAAAUGGAUCUACUUGGGCUACAACAACUUUUCCGGCGAGAUUCCGCCGGAAAUCGGACAACUUACUUCACUCUACCAUCUUGAUCUUGUUAAUAACAAUCUCACCGGAGAAAUCCCACCGUCGAUUGGAAAUCUUACUGAUCUUCAAUAUCUAUUUCUUUAUCUAAACAAGCUCACAGGAAAGAUUCCUCUGUCUUUAUUUGAGCUAAAGAAAUUGUCAUCGCUCGAUUUGAGUGAUAAUUUCCUUUCCGGCGAAAUCCCAGAAGUAAUAAUCCAAUUGCAAAACUUGGAGAUUCUUCAUCUCUUUUCAAAUAACUUUUCCGGCGAAAUUCCUAAUGCUCUGGUUCAUUUACCUCGUCUUCAAGUUCUUCAAUUAUGGUCUAAUCAAUUUUCCGGUGAAGUACCGGAAAAUCUUGGGAGACAAAAUAACCUCACUAUUCUCGAUCUCUCUACUAAUAAACUCACCGGAAGUAUCCCGGAGAGUUUAUGCAACUCAACCCAUCUUUUCAAACUCAUCCUCUUCUCCAAUUUCUUUUCCGGUGAAAUUCCAAAAGGCAUUUGUCAAUGUAAAAGUCUAAAGCGGAUACGCCUACAAAACAAUCAACUUUCCGGCGAAAUAAUGUCAUCGGACAUCACCAAGCUACCACUAGUCUACUUUCUUGAUUUAUCCGGCAACCAUUUCACCGGCGGUCUAGAUGGUAAGUGGGAUAUGCCAGAGCUUCAAAUGCUGAAUUUAGCAAAGAAUAAUUUCAAUGGAAGAUUACCCAAUUCAUUUGGGAGUAAGAAGCUUGAGAAUCUAGACUUGUCCGGCAACAAUCUCUCCGGCGAAAUUCCGGCUAGUUUUGGAAAUUUAACUGAACUAAUGCAGUUGGUAUUAAGUGAAAACCAUCUCUCCGGCGAAAUCCCAAAUCAGCUUUCUUCAUGUCAAAAGCUUGUAAAUUUAGACCUCCGGCAUAAUCAUAUGACAGGACAAAUCCCUGAUUGGUUUACAAACAUGCAAGUUCUCAGCCGAAUUGACCUGUCGGAAAACGAGUUUUCCGGCGAAAUCCCGCCGGAUUUAGGGAAAAUGGUUUCACUUGUUGAAAUCAAUAUCUCCCAUAAUCAUCUCCACGGCCGUCUUCCUUCAAUCGGAGCUUUUCUUGCGAUCAAUGCAACAUCUGUAAAUGGAAACAAUCUCUGUGGUGACAUAACGAAUCUUCUUCCGCCAUGUAAAAGCGUAAAAAACCCUGUUUGGUGGCUUUUCUUAACAUGCAUAUUGUCUUCUAUAGUCUUGAUUUUGAUAGCCGCCAUGCUUAUUUCUAUUUUAAGAAGAAGACAAAACACAGAGAAAGGAGUGAAAAAUGAUCAUCAAAUUGAAGAAGAAGAUGAUGAUGGAGUUUGGGAAGUUCAAUUCUUCAAUCCCAAUGCUUCAAAAUCAUGGAUUACUCUGUCAUCGAUGAGGGAUGAAAAUGUAAUUUCCACAUCAACAACGGCUUCUUCGUUUAAGGUAACUUGUUCAACAAGUAAAGCUGAAUUCUUGGUAGAGAUUAUCAACGAGAAUAGUUUGUUCUCGUCGUCGUCGAGUUUUUGGUCGGAGAUGAGUCGGCUCCGGCACCGGAAUAUUGUCAAACUGAUCGGAACAAGUAAAUCAAAGAAGGGUUCUUAUGGGUUUCUUGUUUAUGAAAACGUGGAAGGGAAGUUAUUGCGUGAGUUAGUUCUUGGAGGGUUAAAAUGGGUACAUCGUCGUAAGAUUGCUUUGGGUAUUUCAAGAGCUCUCCUUUACUUGGAUGGUUCUUGCCGGAGAGGGCUGGCGGUGAUCGCUGAUCUCUCGCCGGAGAAAAUUAUGGUUGACCGGAAAAAUGAGGCUAGGCUGAGACUGACUCUUCCGAUUGUGACGGCCGGUUGUAAGGAUUACAUGCGUUCUACGUUCGUUAACAAAGAGACGAGAGAAGCAAAUGAAGAAACAUACCGUUUUGGUUUGAUUCUCAUUGAGCUACUUACGGGGCGGACUCAGAUAGCAAACUCUGAAUUAGGUGUUUAUGGGAGCAUAGUCGAGUGGGCAAGAUAUUGCUAUGCAGAUUGCCAUCUCGACACAUGGAUUGAUCCGAGGAUCAAAGACGAAGUGAAGACAAUUGAUCGUGAGAAGGAAAUUGUGGAGACGAUGAAUUUGGCUCUUCGAUGCACGGACAAUGAUCCUACGGUUAGGCCGUGUGCGGGAGAGUUGGUGAAAGUGUUUGAGUACUAUAGUGGGAGGUCAUUUUCUUGGCUUUUAGGUUUUAAUAAAUCUCCUUCCAAUGUUCUUGCUUAAUUUGGAUUUACAUUUUGAUUUAGAAGCUUGAGGUGUGAUUUGUCCAACUUAAUUUUAUUUUUAUUUUUUUUUGGAAAUAUGUUUAAAUAGUCAUGAUAUAUAUUAUUAGCUAGAUAGGUACUACAAGAAUUCUAGUGUGUGUAAAAUGUAAUUGGUCUUCAAGUUUGUCCUAGAGAAAGGAGAAUUUUGAUA